CCGGAGGGGAAGAAGGAGAAGAAGGGGGCCGUCGAGAAGAAAGAGGCCCCGUUGUCAUUGUCGAGGAACAUUCCUCUUCCGAGCCCCCGGCUCAAGUUGCCGGAAUGGCGUGGCCCCAGAAGAACGUGCAGUUCUCUAUCACCAAGGGGACUGCCAUCAUGCACGGCACCCUCAGCUCGAGGGAGUUCCUGAGGGGUGCCACCCCUUCAACAGACAAUUCGGUGCUGUCCCGGCAAGCUGACGAUGCCCUCUGCUCCAAGGUCCUCCAGGCUUUAGUCACUGCAAGCAUCGGCCUAGGUGAGCUUAUUCGGAGGAUGGAGGAAUCUGCUCUCCAGAAGCAGAAGGCGGAUGAAGCCUUGGCGGAGGCCCGAAGGCAGCGUCAGAAGGCCGAAGAAGCUUUCCAAGUGGAGAAGGCGGCCUUCAGUAAAAUUCUUGAGAACUCUAAGGCAGUGGCCAAGGCCGAGGGAAGAGUUGAGGCCGAGCAGAUUGCAGUUGAGGCCGCCAGGAUAGCCACUGAGAGGGCCGAGGGGGAGAAGAAGGAGGCAGUAAUCCAGGCCGAGAACAGUGCGGUGGCUGCUUUCGUCGCCGAGGGCUGGAAGGCUGAGGGGCAUCAACAGUGGGUGGCCUCGGUGGUGGAGGCCUCGGUAGAUGACUGGGUGAAGGGCCCCGGCGCCAUGUGGCUAGCCAAG